AUGUUUUCAAACGUCAUUAACUUUUGUUUUUGGCUGACACUGUUCCUGACAGUUGGUACUGCCAAGAAUCCGGUAGACUUUCCCAAUUUAUGUCAGUACCCAAAUUUGGACGGUGCAGUCGCAGGUUUUGAUACCGAAAUCUACAAUGCUGACCCAAGUAUUUUAAUCAAUUUUAGUUUGUGGCCUAUUCUUCAAUUCCCAAAGGAAUGGCAUAAGACCAUCGGUAGAGCUAUUACUACCCAAACUAAUUUCAAACUACCAGCCUCUGAUACCACUCUUUUUGGUGUUAGUAUUCCAACACAAAAUAUUUUAAUCGAAUUCCGUGGUUACUUCAUCCCACCAAAGAGUGGUACUUACACCUUUGCUUUAUAUUUGACCGAUGACGGUAGUGCCAUGUUUUUAGGUAAUGAUGCUGCAUUUCCUUGUGGUAAUAUUACUUCUUGGUCUAACCCUACUAAUGAUCAGGUCUCAGUUUCAGACUAUGAUCCAAAAAAGAAAACUUUAACGGUUUAUAUGGUCGCAGGUGUUGCAUACCCAUUAAGAAUUGCAUACUACAACAGAGAGAAGGGUGGUAGUCUUACUGCUUCCUUUGUUGACCCAGAUGGGUUAACACAUUCUGAUUGGAAUGGAUAUAUCUGGACUCUACCAAGCUGUGACAACUGUAAAUAUUCGCCACCUCCAAUGGAGACAACAACUACGAGUUCAGCUUAUGUGCUAGAAAAGACAACCUCUACCAUAUUUUCCAUUUAUACUGGUGUUGACGGUGAACCUACCCCACAUACGUUGGUCAAAGUCAUUGUCCCAACAGUCACUGAAUACAUUGUCGUUCCUUCGCCAACUACUAUCACAACCACAAAAAAUGUAGAUGGCCAACAAUUAGUAGAACAAGAUGUUAUUUCAUUCUUCUCAACAACCAACUCUAUUGGUAAACCAAUCACAGGUUCCACGACCAUCACUAUAGAUGAUGGUAGGGAUAAAACAACUACUUAUAAAGAUAAGGAUGGAAGUAUUCACACUGAUAUCAUUUCCCACAUAACCAAGUUAGACGAAAAUGGUAUGCCAGUAGUUAUACUAACAAGAUAUCCUGCCCCUGCCCCUGCCCCUGGUCCAGGUGAAGGUGGCUCUGGUUCCAACCCAGGUACUGGUGAAGGUGGUUCUGGUUCCAACCCAGGUACUGGUGAAGGUGGCUCUGGCUCUAACCCAGGUACUGGUGAAGGUGGUUCUGGCUCCAACCCAGGUACUGGUGAGGGUGGCUCUGGCUCCAACCCAGGUACUGGUGAAGGUGGUUCUGGCUCUAACCCAGGUACUGGUGAAGGUGGUUCUGGUUCUGAAGGUGGUUCUGGUGAGGGUGGCUCUGGUGGUUCCAACCCAGUUGACGAUGGUAAGGAUAAGACUACAGUUGUCACUGACAAGGAUGGCCAUGUGCACACCGAUAUCAUUUCCCACAUCACUACUACCGACAAAGAUGGUAAGCCAACUGUCAUUUUGACUCAAUACCAGUCUCCAACCCCAUCUCCUGGUGAAGGUGGAUCUGGCUCUGAGGGUGGUUCUGGUUCCAACCCAGGUACUGGUGAAGGUGGUUCUGGUUCCAACCCAGGUACUGGUGAAGGUGGCUCUGGCUCCAACCCAGGUACUGGUGAAGGUGGUUCUGGCUCUAACCCAGGUACUGGUGAAGGUGGUUCUGGUUCUGAAGGUGGUUCUGGUGAGGGUGGCUCUGGUGGUUCCAACCCAGUUGACGAUGGUAAGGAUAAGACUACAGUUGUCACUGACAAGGAUGGCCAUGUGCACACCGAUAUCAUUUCCCACAUCACUACUACCGACAAAGAUGGUAAGCCAACUGUCAUUUUGACUCAAUACCAGUCUCCAACCCCAUCUCCUGGUGAAGGUGGAUCUGGCUCUGAGGGUGGUUCUGGUUCCAACCCAGGUACUGGUGAAGGUGGUUCUGGUUCCAACCCAGGUACUGGUGAAGGUGGUUCUGGCUCUAACCCAGGUACUGGUGAAGGUGGUUCUGGCUCUAACCCAGGUACUGGUGAGGGUGGCUCUGGCUCUAACCCAGGUACUGGUGAAGGUGGUUCUGGUUCCAACCCAGGUACUGGUGAAGGUGGUUCUGGUUCCAACCCAGGUACUGGUGAAGGUGGUUCUGGCUCUAACCCAGGUACUGGUGAAGGUGGUUCUGGUUCCAACCCAGGUACUGGUGAAGGUGGUUCUGGUUCCAACCCAGGUACUGGUGAAGGUGGUUCUGGCUCUAACCCAGGUACUGGUGAAGGUGGUUCUGGUUCUGAAGGUGGUUCUGGUGAGGGUGGCUCUGGUGGUUCCAACCCAGUUGACGAUGGUAAGGAUAAGACUACAGUUGUCACUGACAAGGAUGGCCAUGUGCACACCGAUAUCAUUUCCCACAUCACUACUACCGACAAAGAUGGUAAGCCAACUGUCAUUUUGACUCAAUACCAGUCUCCAACCCCAUCUCCUGGUGAAGGUGGAUCUGGCUCUGAGGGUGGUUCUGGUUCCAACCCAGGUACUGGUGAAGGUGGUUCUGGCUCUAACCCAGGUACUGGUGAAGGUGGUUCUGGCUCUAACCCAGGUACUGGUGAGGGUGGCUCUGGCUCUAACCCAGGUACUGGUGAAGGUGGUUCUGGUUCCAACCCAGGUACUGGUGAAGGUGGUUCUGGUUCCAACCCAGGUACUGGUGAAGGUGGUUCUGGUUCUGAAGGUGGUUCUGGUGAGGGUGGCUCUGGCUCCAACCCAGGUACUGGUGAAGGUGGUUCUGGCUCUAACCCAGGUACUGGUGAAGGUGGUUCUGGUUCUGAAGGUGGUUCUGGUGAGGGUGGCUCUGGUGGUUCCAACCCAGUUGACGAUGGUAAGGAUAAGACUACAGUUGUCACUGACAAGGAUGGCCAUGUGCACACCGAUAUCAUUUCCCACAUCACUACUACCGACAAAGAUGGUAAGCCAACUGUCAUUUUGACUCAAUACCAGUCUCCAACCCCAUCUCCUGGUGAAGGUGGAUCUGGCUCUGAGGGUGGUUCUGGUUCCAACCCAGGUACUGGUGAAGGUGGUUCUGGUUCCAACCCAGGUACUGGUGAAGGUGGCUCUGGCUCCAACCCAGGUACUGGUGAGGGUGGCUCUGGCUCCAACCCAGGUACUGGUGAAGGUGGUUCUGGCUCUAACCCAGGUACUGGUGAAGGUGGUUCUGGUUCUGAAGGUGGUUCUGGUGAGGGUGGCUCUGGUGGUUCCAACCCAGUUGACGAUGGUAAGGAUAAGACUACAGUUGUCACUGACAAGGAUGGCCAUGUGCACACCGAUAUCAUUUCCCACAUCACUACUACCGACAAAGAUGGUAAGCCAACUGUCAUUUUGACUCAAUACCAGUCUCCAACAGCUGCACAAGAUGGUACUAGUAAGACCAUUACCGUUGAUGGAGAAGAAAUAAUUGAAGUUGUGCAUAUUACUACUUAUACCGACAGCGAUGGCCAUACCAUUACAAGUACUUAUACUGAAAUGUUCAAGACAUUAAUUGAUGCUGAACCUCAAUAUGUGAGCGAAACUACUCAAACUAUCACAACCACUGAUGCUGAAGGUCACACAACUACUAUUACAACCACGUAUACCAUAGAUAACAAUGGAAAUGCCGUACCAAUCGUACCUUCUUCAUCUAGCAUGUCCUCAUCUUCUUCAUCUAGCAUGUCCUCAUCUUCUUCAUCCAGCAUGUCCUCAUCAUCUUCUAGCAUUAUUUCCAGUUCAAUCUCUUCCGCCAUUUCUACACCAUCCGGCCAAGAUUACACAAUUACUACCACAGGUUCAGAUGGCAAAAUUGAAACUGAUAUUGUAUCACACAUCACUACAACCGUUAAUGGUAAGCCAACUACUAUUACAACUACUGUUCCAUGUGAUGUUAGUACAGGCAAAGACAGAACAACUACUGUCACCCACAGUAACGGUGUUAUUGAAACCAAUGUAGUAUCACAUAUCACUACAACCGUUAAUGGUAAGCCAACUACUAUUACAACUACUGUUCCAUGUGAUGUUAGUGCAGGCAAAGACAGAACAACUACUGUCACCCACAGUAACGGUGUUAUUGAAACCAAUGUGAUAUCUCAUAUUACUACUACAGACUCUAAUGGUAAGCCAACUACUAUCACAACAACUACCACCAAGUUGAACAACGCUCAUACAACAACCUUAACUAACAAGGAUGGCAGUGUUGACACCAAGACAGUGGUUGGCGUUACUACAACUAAUCAAUUCGGCCAACCAGUAAUUACCUCAAUAACUUACACUCCAAAGGCUGACUCCCACUCUAACAGUAACGUCGGAACUGUUGCUGGAACAAAGGGUGCUGCGGGAAACAAUCCUUCAGGAACUAACAAGCCACAAACCAAACCAACAGCUAAUGCUGGCUCCAACGGUGCCUCCCCAGCAGCCAAUGCUGGCUCCAACGGUGCCUCCCCAGCAGCCAAUGCUGGCUCCAACGGUGCCUCCCCAGCAGCCAAUGCUGGCUCCAACGGUGCCUCCCCAGCAGCCAAUGCUGGCUCCAACGGUGCCUCCCCAGCAGCCAAUGCUGGCUCCAACGGUGCUUCCCCAGCAGCCAAUGCUGGCUCCAACGGUGCUUCCCCAGCAGCCAAUGCUGGCUCCAACGGUGCUUCCCCAGCAGCCAACGCUGGAUCAGCUGUUGCACCAAAGGCUUCCGCAAGUAACUCGGCUGCUGUUCAGCAACAAUCCAGUGCUAGUGGCAGAAAUCCUGGUGCUUCCGCUGCCCCAACAAUACAACAAAUAAACAAGAAUGCUGCAUCAUCCAUGAAGCAAACUAAGAUCGGUGUCACUACAGUUUUGACCAUAUUGUUGUUCACUUUGUUUUAA